GCGGAUUAUCUGUUGAAAAGUAAGAGAGUCGCAGGGGGACGAACGAGAAACCUUGUGCGAAAAUGGCAAUAACAGCGUUCCAAACCCAUCGCUGUCGUCCAUUCCUUCCAUUAUCCACCAAAUCACAACCGUCUACUUCACCAAGGGUUUCCUGUUGCGCUUCUCACCUCUCAAGCAAGUGCCGGAGGGAGUACACAAGCGUCAUGAUAGUUCCCACCGGAGUUGGUGCCGCCAUUGGUGGAUUCGCCGGCGAUGCUUUACCGGUUGCUCGUGCUUUAUCUUCAGUCGUAGAUUGCCUCAUCACUCAUCCUAAUGUGCUUAAUGCUGCAAUGCUUUACUGGCCUAUGCCAAAUGUACUAUAUGUUGAAGGUUAUGCUCUUGACCGUUUUGCAGAAGGUUCAUGGGCUCUUCACCCUGUUCACCAAAAUAAGGUGGGAUUGGUUCUUGACAAUGGUAUAGAGGAGGAGCUUCAAAUUCGCCAUUUGCAAGUUGCUGAUGCAACCAGGGCAUCUCUUGGAUUGCCUGUUGUGGAGUAUAUUGUCACUGAUACUCCAUUAGAGGUGGAAAAGUGGGUUGAUCCAAAGAGUGGGCAAUCAACCGGCAGGAUUAAGCGUCCUGAUUCGCUCUUAAGAGCUGUGCAGACUUUAGUUAACCGUUCUCAAGUGAAUGCUAUUGCUGUUGUUGCACGCUUUCCAGAUGAUGACGUUGAAGAUGUUGGUGAUUAUAGACAGGGGAUGGGAAUAGAUAUAUUGGCAGGAGUAGAAGCAGUUAUAAGUCAUCUAGUGGUAAAGGAAUUCCAGAUUCCUUGUGCGCAUGCUCCUGCAAUGCAACCGCUUCCCUUGAUUCCGUCUCUUUGUCCCAAAUCGGCUGCUGAGGAGAUAGGAUACACUUUCUUGCCCUGUGCACUUGCUGGGCUAAGCAGAGCACCACAGUAUUUGGUAAAGAACUCCCAUUACUCAGAGAAGGGUUGCAUAUUAGCUAGUGAUGUUGAUAGUAUUCUUCUUCCAGUAGAUGCUUGUGGUGGAGAUGGUGCUCUUGCUUUUGCAAGAAGUAAACAAAACAAGCCACUUAUAAUUACUGUGGAGGAAAAUGAAACAGUUCUCAACAGUACACCAGAUAAACUUGGCAUUAACACGGUCAUGGUUUCAAACUACUGGGAAGCAAUUGGUGUUAUUGCAGCACACAAGGCAGGAAUAGAUCCACAUUCUCUCCGAAGAAACAGAAUUGGCAACAUUCGAUGCACUUCCCAUGCACCAGCUAAUGGGUUUGAAGUUUUGAGCGUCUCAUCCAGAACAUGAUCUGACAUUAAUUUCUUUUCCUUGCUGAAAGUCCAUAUUACGUUCCUGCUUUUUCUUAAAGAAUACACCAGUUAGUAAUGCUCGUAA